UUCGAGCCGGGCGUCAGUGACUUCGCGUCCGCCGGUCCGACCGGAUCCUCUCCGAAAGGUGCGCGUGUCUUCUCCUGCAGCGUGACUGCAACUGUUGGGAGAUCGCACGCGACGUUACUUCCGAGUUGGAUCGCGCUGUCGAGUGCCGUCCUGGGAAAUUGCUGUACCGCUCGAGGUACAAAUUGUCGAGUUUAUUCAGGAUUACAUCGGACUACCGGAUAGUCCAUAGGAUCCAGUGCUCUCACGGCGUCUCCUUCGUGCGUGACCACCGCGAUGCUGCGCGACCUCCGCCGAGGUGUCUGAGGGAUCUCCCUGCGGGACCGCUCUCCGCGUGCAUCUCCCUCGCCACAUCCACACGCGGGAUACGGUAGGUCCUGUUCGGAGGCUACCAGGAUGCGGCUCGGACCCAGUUAUCGAGGCGUCCGCGGAGGCACCCCGUGGCCCGCGCGUCCUGGCAUAAGGCAAUAAAAGCGGCCGCGCCACACGAGAUGCACCUUCGCCAGGCUCGCGUAAGAAACGGCGAAAGAAAGCCGGCCGCACACCGGUAAAUCAUAAACGCCACGGGGAUCGAACCGCGGGAGAUAACUGCCUUCGCGUAAGAGAGAGAAACAGAGAGAAAGAGAGGCAGAAAGGAGCGGCGGUUAGUCGGAGCGGGAUCCAUCGCUCGAUCCCCAUCGUAUCCAUCGAGUCCAUCCAUCCUCGAGCACGGGAACGAAGCGAGCCCGGAAAUUUGGAACCCGUCGUCACCGUCGUUCAUCACUGGGGCCAGGACGUCCGGAGGAUGUCUCAUUGACGUGCACGGAGAAAUAGAAGCUAAUUCUGAUCGAACUUCUCGCUCGAUUUGCCAUCGCGGUAUCCUCGAUACAGACUAAUAAUUUUUCCGGCAGGCAGCAAAUCGUGAGGAUAGAGGAAGAAAGGGGUUUGCGUGCACACAGGAUUCUUGGUCCAGCGAUCAUCACGGAUACCAAUAGUGGCUCACAAUAGCCACGCCACUCAGAAGAUGCGGCGGGUUGUCAGCUGAUAUAUCCUGGCGAAUCAUUACGAUAAUUUUUACCGUAACGCGCGUGCACGCGGGGGGUGCAACGCCUCGAUCGACGUGGACGAUCGCGAGGGAGAUGAUCGUCGCGCGUGCGAAAAGUGUGACGCGGAAAGUGGCAGACGCGCGAGCGGACCGACGUCGACUGUCUUGACGGUGCCGCCGAGUCCGAGGAACGAUCGGUCGGCUCGUUCGACGCGGUGCCUCGUCGACGGUGUUUCGUGAUCCUCGAUCUCACUGCGCGCUGUUGCUCCGAGCAACAGUUCAGUGGCUAGUGAACGGAGUUUCGCGUGUCGGCAUUAAUAUUCGUCGCAGCUCGACGCGUCGCUCGAUGAAGAGAGAAAUUCGACCAUUGUUCGAGAAACGCGCAAAAAUUGCUUCGUGUUCAAUCGAGGCAAAUCGGUGCGGCACUCGCGGAGCGGAAAUAACUCGGCGGGAUUAAUGCUGGGAUCGUCGCGCAGCGAAGCGGAAAGUGACGGCCGCCGAGCCGGGCGCAGUGACACAAUUGAAGAAGAAAGUGCCCGACUAUCCCGAGUUCGCCAACCCGUUAUUAAGCGGUAAUGAACAGGUGCCGAGAAGAGAGGACAGGCGCCCUCGAAAGUGAGCGUCGAGCUUGCUCCACCACCGCGAGAGUCAAAUGACGCCGCGUCCUGCAGAGCAUGACUUGCGUCUGAAACUGAAGCGAGUUCGAUCGCGUCGCGUCGCAUCAUCCCUUCGGUGACCCUGGACUGCGCGUUCCUGGCUCCAUGCACUCGGAAACGACCCGCGAAGCGACGUUGUUCCGGGACGCGUGACACCAUGUCGUCGAACGGCGAAUUCUCGACGGUGUCCAGCGAGGAGAUACCCUCGCUGCCGAAGUCCCUGCCGAGCUCGAGGGAGGCGACCGCCGAGGGUGGUUCCGGCUCGGGCUCCGGCGGGUACAUGCCGCUGCGGGAGUUCCUGGACCGAUUCUCGUUACCGCGAGUCGUCAGGCUCGAAGGAACCGGCGGCAGGCCGGUGCUCCUGUACAAGCAGCAACAGCGAUCGCUGAGAGUCACGGCGAGCCUGCUGGUGCACCGGUACCGCCACGACGUCAAGGUGGGACCGGAAAUCGUCAUCCCGGAGGGUUAUCCAGGAUGGUUCUCUGUGAUAUCUGGCAACAACACGACCGGCAGCGCACGCGUCCACCGGAGAGUGGACUCUUUGGUGAAGACAGGGGUACCCGCGUUUCUACUGGCGACACCUUUGAGGGCUUACACCCUGACGCACUCGAAAAUGGAGAACGGAAACCUACGAGCCCACUACACGAAGACGACGAUCAGAGCCGGCGAGAUACUGCGGCUCGUCGCGGUCUUCCAGGACACGCGGAGAUGCAGCUCGGUCUCCUUCGGGAUCUCCGGUGGGUGCCCCGAGAAGGAUCAGUACGCGCAGUGCAUCGAUCUUCACGGGCGAGAGGUGUUCGCGUCGCUGUCGACCAGGGGCGAGUUUUACGCGAUCUGCCAGAACGGCAACGUCGACACCGAGAGCGACGCGGUGCUCUACAAGGUCCACCAUCUCGCCAAGAGGCAGCUGCCUCUCAGAGUGCGGUUGAUAGCGGGCCCAUUGCCCGUACCCUUGCCGAAGGAGUAUGGUGGCCUGAUGCAGUUGGAGACGUCGACACGCGGUCCGAUAGUCUUGGGCUGCAUCGUGCCGGAGAGACCGGUGCACAAUCCGGAAAUGCUCGAGCUGGUCGUGUCCGGUAACGGAGCGCCGAGGGUUCGAAGGGCCCGACUGGGUUAUCCUUCGGAAGCGAGACUGCUGGCUUCCCCGAAAAUGCAGCGAUUACUGUCGGCGUGCAGCCGAGCGGUCGGCGACCGCGCUACGGAACCGCGAGUGGCACCCAUGAAGCUGCACUCACCAAGUGCCGGGGACAGCCUGAAGGAGAUGCACCUGAAGAAGAUCAAGCCGAAGGCAGAGACCAAGCCGAUCCUGCAGAGCCUGAAGGACGGGCUGGAGCACCUAAAGCGGAGCGGCGCGAGGGAGCGGAAUCACGCGAAGCCAAGCACCGGCAAUGGCAUCCUCGAGAGGAUCUCCAAGCUCGCUCAGGGUAACCGGGAUCGCAACCCCGCGAAGAAGUCGGCCUCGUUCACGUUCGCGGUGAGGCCGGAGAUAGCCAUGCGGUCUCAGGAGCGUUACUCCAGCCUCGAGCCGGAAGCUAUCUCCCAUCAGACGCGCAAUCAGGCCCAAAACGCUAAGCAGCCGGUGCAGAGGUCCGUGUCGACCAGCGUGCUGGAGAUACCGGCGUGCGUCGAGUUGCAGCCCAACUAUUCCCGGGUGCGUGACAGUCUGACGCCGCUGCCAUCGCCGCCGAAGCUGGUCAGGACCGACAACAAGAGCGGAGAGGAGAUCUACGCGGAGAUCUGCGACACGGCGGCGGCGACGGCGAAGCAGAAGUGCCCCGGAAGCCACGUGAUGGCGCGGAUCAGGAUCGUCGUGCAGGACAACGAGCCGUUCGCGGGGGCGCGGACGAUGUUCGGCAACGAUAGAUACGCGAACUCGAUGGUGAUGAGCGAGCAGAUCGACUCGAUCAUCAGUACGGAGGACGAGGUGAUCUACAACACCGUGUUCUGAAAGGGACAUAAAAGAUCGUCGAGUUAACGUACAAAUCGUUAACGAUCGUACAGAGACUUGAUCGAGUAGCUCUGGAGACAGCGAAAUACUUAAAGUGAAACUCUUAAAGUCUAGGGCAAACCGGCUGUGUUUAUCGAUCGACUUUCAAUCCGUUGUGUAUUUGCAGAGUAGCAUAUUGUAGUAUAUUACACGAGGGCGCAUCUCGAGGGAUGAAACACGUUUUAAAGCGUCUUUGUAGAGAAAACUACAGAACCAUCUUCUGUACAUACCUCUGCCAUAAAUUUAAGUAAUGUACUAACAAUAUUCUCUCGCGAUAAGAAAAAAACGAAACGCAUGUCAGAGAUACGUAUCUUAGGCCGACGAACCGCUCAAAUUGAUUGUACGAGUACAAGUGUAGCAUGCGUCGAAAUAAAAUUGAUUUCAUGUUUGUUA